CCCGCCUCCUCCUCAGCCACCUCCCAGCUCUUCCUGUCUGGUGCAACACCCUCCUGAGGCUCUCCCUCCCCUCCCACCCCUCUGCUCUGGCUUUAGUUUUCAGACUUGGCCUCGGGUUCUGGCCUCUGGGCUUUGGGGACCCCAGGUGGGGUGGUGAUCUCCACCGUCCCGGUCUCUUGCCUCUUCCUCCAGCCAAGCCGGGGGAUCUGUGACCUCUGGUCGGACUCCGACACUACUGCCCCCGAAGCUGUCCUAUCCCCAAUGGGGGAGUGAGAGGCCCCUGCUGGCCGGACAUGGGCCUCCCUGCCGUGCCUGGCCCGCUGCUGCCACAGGUGCUCCUGGCUCUGCUGCUGGGGAUAUUUUCAUCAGGUGUCAUUGGCCUGGUCCCCUCCUUUGGGGAUCGGGAGAAGAGGGACAGUCCGUGUCCCCAGGGAAAAUACAGCCAUCCUCAAAACAGCUCCAUCUGCUGCACCAAGUGCCACAAAGGGACCUACCUGCACAAUGACUGCCUGGGCCCGGGGCUGGACACCGACUGCAGGGUGUGUGCGAGCGGCACCUUCACGUCCACUGAGAACCACUCCCCUGUGUGCCUCACCUGCUCCAGCUGCCGGGAAGAACUGCUCCAGGUGGAGCUUUCCCCUUGCACAGUGGACCGGGACACCGUGUGUGGCUGCAGGAAGAACCAGUUCCGGAACUACUAUGGGGAUACACAUUUCUCGUGCACCAACUGCAGCCCCUGCCUCAACGGCACCAUUACCAUCCCCUGCCAGGAGAGACAGAACACUGUGUGCACCUGCUACACAGGCUUCUUCCCAAGAGGCAGCAAGUGUCUCUCUUGCAGUGAAUGUAAGGAAGAGUCAGAGUGCUCCAAGUCGUGCCCACGCUCUGUAAUCAGGCCCCCCAAGGACUCAGGUACCACAGUGCUGUUGCCCCUGGUGAUCCUGUUAGGCCUUUGCCUUUUAUCUCUGCUAUUCAUCGUCUUAAUGUGCCGCUACCCGAGGUGGAAGCCUAAACUCUACUCCAUUGUUUGUGGGAAAUCCGCACCGGUGAAAGAGGGUGAGCUGCAAGGAAUUACGAUCACUAAGCCCCUCACCUCGACCCCGUGCUUCAACCCCAGCCCCGGCUGCAGGCUUGCCUCCACCUCCACGCCCCCGGACUGGCCGGACUUCAGGGAUGCGGGGCCCCGACUUCUGCGGGCCGAGCCCAUCUUCUCCCCGGGGCUCAUGGCUGCACCCGUCCCCACUGCUGGCCACAAGAGGGAAGAC